AUGUGGGGCAGCGGCAACCCCGGCGGAGGGGGCGGCGGAGUCGCCGCGGCGACGGUUGUGCUGAGCGGGACCCGGGACUGCUUCCUGCACCUGCCCGCCGUGCUGGCCUCGCACCUCCGCCUGCAGCAGGGCCAAGCUGUGAAAGUAUCCUGUGGUGAUGAGCCCAUAUACUUGAGCUGGAUGGAAAUAAGGCAUCGAGGUCACCGGAGUGAAAAUAUUGCAGAGAUGAACAGGCAUUUAGCAGAGAAACUUGGCAUUGCAGAUGGAGAACAGAUAUUCCUGGAACCCUGUUUGCACGUCUCCUCCUGUCAGCAAGUACAAGUGGAACCACUCUCAGCAGAUGAUUGGGAAAUACUGGAACUGCACGCUCCCUGUCUUGAAAAGCAUCUUCUGGACCAGAUCCGAAUCGUAUUCCCAAAAGCCAUCUUUCCUGUAUGGGUUGAACACCACACUCACGUUUACAUCAGAAUUGGUACACUUGUGCCAGCAGCCCCCUAUGGGAGAUUAGAACCAUGCACAGAGCUGCUGAUAUGCCCGAAAGCACGUGAGCUGGAGGAAAACAUCACAGACAUGCCUUCUACAGAAAGUGACAUCUUACUCAAGAGUUUUGUGAAAAAUAACAUGCAGCAAGACGAAACUGUAAAGGAGCCUUUUGCCAGUCAACCUCACUUAAAUCCAGGAGUCCCUGAACAGAGUAAGGCUGAUGCAAGUGUGACAUUUGGCUCAAAUGUUCUCCCAAAUAUGUGGAAUUUCAUAGGGAGCAUUUUCUCUCGUACAGCUGAACAGAAACAAAAGACUUUGUGUGAUAAAGAUGAAAUGAGCACCUUCAAAGACAAGCUGCUGAACUUAAUUCACGUGGAUUCCAUUUUUAGAGUAUGUCAGUCCCAGCCUCCCAGCGUACAGAAUGCAUCAGCCCUUCAUGCAUUUCUGAAAUACAAUGCCGUUCAUAUUUUUCCAUGGAAUUUAGAAUUUACUGAUUUGGAUCCAAAUGCUGUAGUUUCUUACGGGAAAAUAAACGAGCUGCUUUCCCCCAGACAGCGUCAUCAAGAAGCAAAGCAAAAUCUGCCAUCUGAAAAGCAAAACCAUUUGCCUGGUACGCAAGACAAAAAUAAUUCCAAUAGCAUUCAAGCGUCCAGUGGGGGAUCUGUUGUUCAGAUCGUUUGGAAUGGAUUUGAAGACCUAAAGAAUGUCAUAGAGUAUGGCAACGGUGGGGAAGCCCUACAUGUUGGAAGAGUUUGGAUUCCAGAUGACCUGAGAAAAAAGCUACGAAUUGAAAUGCAUUCAACAGUCCAAAUUAAGUCACUUGAGUCUAUUCCUAAAAUUCCUCUAUCUCUUAGACUGCAACCCAAACAGAACUUACAUAAAGAUACAUGUGAAGAUGAUGUUAAAUGUGCUUUCAGUGCUUGGCUAAAGGAUUCUGCUACUGAGGAUCUUCCGUGGAUAAUGACAAGCACAAACUGCAUACAUCUGCGUAUUAAAGAAGGAAUGGAGGAGUUUGUCCUUACUGUAGUGGAUCACGUGCACACUGAAGAAGAUAAGUCUGAGAACACUUUUAUACUGAGUCCCAGUUUGCUGCAAAAGACUAAUAUACAAGUUCUUUUACACCCUCUAACUGCAAAAGCUGAUGAUGACAGCCAGCUGCCUGUGCGUGAAACAGACAGAAACCUUCCUUACAAAGGACUAAACCAUUUAGGGGGAGUGGACAAAUUAGGAGCAUCUUCUUAUGAACACAUAAGCCACAGUCUUUUGGGUCGUCCUUUAUCUCAAAAGCUGGCUGGUAUCGCUGUGGGACUGCGAAGUGGAGGGGUGCUUCUCACAGGAGGAAAGGGAAGUGGAAAAUCGACAUUAGCAAAGGCCAUCUGCAAAGAAGCAUUUGAUAGAUUGGAUGCUCAUGUAGAAGUAAUUGAUUGCAAAGCUUUAAGAGGAAAAAGAUUAGGAAGCAUAAGGAAAAAUGUGGAGGAAGCUUUUUUAGAGGCGUCAUGGAGACAACCAUCGGUUAUUUUAAUGGACGAUCUUGAUCACAUUGUUGGAGUACCUCCUACACCAGAGCAUGAGAACAGCCCUGAGUCAGUUCAGAGCAGUAGACUUGCUUAUGUUUUGAAAGAUCUGAUAAAAGAAGUUAUUUCCUUGGGGAGUUUGAUUGCAUUAAUUGCUACAAGUCAGUCUGAACAUGCUCUACAUCCUUCCCUGGUUUCAGCUCAAGGAACUCAUAUAUUUCAGUGUUACAAACGUAUCCAGUCGCCAGAUCAGAAGCAAAGGUGUGAAGUGCUCUGUUCUGUAAUAAAAAACAAACUGAACUGCGAUGUAGAGAAGUUCUCCAAUCUUGAUCUCCAGUAUGUUGCAAAAGAAACAGAAGGUUUUGUUGCUCGAGAUUUUACUAUGCUGGUUGAUCGUGCCAUUCAUGCCUGUAUUUCUAACCAGGAUGCAUUUCAACACGGCGAAUUGAAUCUGUCGACCGUGGAUUUUCAGAAAGCUUUAAAAGAUUUUACUCCAUUAGCUCUGAGAAAUGUCAGCCUUCAUAAACCUAAGGACGUUGGCUGGGAUAGGAUAGGUGGCUUAAAAGAUGUGAAGCAAAUACUCAUGGAUACCAUCAUGUUACCUGCAAAGUAUCCAGAAUUAUUUGCGAACCUGCCUAUACGACAGAGAUCAGGAGUCUUGCUCUAUGGAGCACCUGGAACAGGAAAAACACUGUUAGCAGGAGUAGUUGCUCGAGAGAGCAGAAUGAAUUUCAUCAGUGUCAAAGGACCAGAGCUGCUCAGCAAAUAUAUUGGAGCAAGUGAACAAGCAGUUAGAGAUAUCUUUAACAGAGCUCAGGCAGCCAAACCUUGCAUUGUUUUCUUCGAUGAGUUUGAUUCCAUUGCUCCUCGCCGAGGUCAUGACAACACUGGAGUUACAGACCGAGUGGUUAAUCAGCUGUUGACUCAGUUGGAUGGUGUGGAAGGUUUACAAGGUGUUUAUGUGCUAGCUGCUACUAGUCGCCCAGAUUUGAUUGAUCCUGCUUUGUUAAGACCUGGUCGACUGGAUAAGUGCCUGUACUGUCCUCCUCCAGAUCUGAGUUCACGCUGCGAAAUCUUAAAAGCUCUCAGUCAUUCUCUGUCCUUGGCAGAUGAUGUGGACCUUGAGUAUUUGGCUGCAAAAACAGAGCACUUCACAGGGGCUGACCUAAAAGCUUUAUUAUACAAUGCUCAGUUGGAGGCAAUACAUAAUUUAAGCUCAGGUUUAACACAGGAUUUUGGUUCUAGUUCUGAUAGUGACUUCAGUCUGUCUUCCAUGGUUUUUCUAAACCACAGCAGUGGUUCAGAUGACUCAGCAAUAGAUGGAGAAGCAGCACCUGAGCAAUCUCUUAUUUCUUUGGACAUGUCUGAGUUGCUUCCUGAGGAUCCAAGGUCCAACAUGUAUCGUCUUUAUUUUGGAAGCUCUUAUGAAUCAGAACUAGGAAAUGGAAGUCCUUCAGACCUGAGCUCUUUGUGUUUGUCUGGACCAAACUCUGUAACUCACGAUUUUACCAACAUCUCUCAGAGAGACACAGCAUCGUCACAACCUUCAAUGCUUACAACAGUCUCCCAAGAAGACUCACUGGAAAAUAACCAGGAGCAGCAAAUAGAGCACCUGAGGACAGAAAUCAAUGCUAUCAAAGCCAAUUACAAAAGCAAGAAUGGAGAGGAUGGCACCCUUAAUCAGUCUGUGCUUGCCAAGAACACUUUGAUUAUUACCCAGUCCCAUUUGAUGACUGCUCUUGAGGGUAUAAGACCAUCCAUUAGCCAAGAUGACUGGAAGAAUUUUACUGAACUGUACGAUAAUUUUCAGAAUCCCAAGAGGAAAGGACAAGUUGGGUCAGCAUUCAGACCAGGACAGAAAAUGACUCUAGCAUAGUAACUUCUAAUGUGCUUGUAAUUACUGAACUGUAAAUGAAAAUGACAAAUGGGAGCUUAAUAUUUAAGUGAUUACAUCAGAUUAUUUAUAUUCAUAUGGGUUUAUUAAUGCAGCAGUUGAAGAAAAUGUCUUUCUAGUUUACAUGCUGUAAAAUUAUUUCACAUUUUAUUUUGAAGAAAAUUGUCUUCCUGGAAAUUAAUAUUAAAUUUUUGAGAGAACUUCUGUU